AUGUCACCACCUCCCUUUACUAGAAAUGCUGGUGCUUCAGCAAAACCAGCUCAGUGGUCAGAAAUGCUUGACUUGUUAUCCAUUCUGCAAGAAUUUGGAAACUUGAGAGCCCUAAGAGUCCUUAUUUUGCAUUCCAAUUUCUUUACUAAUGACCUUUCCAGUCAGAAUAUUUUUAUGUAUACUCCAGCAAACUCAAAAGGCAAUAUUCCAAGUGAGAUUGGCAACUUGAGUAACCUAAUUGGCUUAGCCUUGGGUGACAAUAAUUUGACUGGACCUAUUCCAACGAUCGUGGAAGGGCUAAGGGAGAUUCAAGUAUUCGAUCUUUAUAGAAACAGGCUUACUGGUUCCCUUGCUUCUGAUAUAGUCUUGCAAGGAGCUUGGCUUUCAAAUUCCCUGGGCGGGACUCUUCCAACGCGAACUGGGGAAUUGAAGGCUUGGACAUCAAUUGAUUUGUCAGAGUAA